UGAAUAUGUCUAAGAUUUGGUUUCAUAAUUACUUCUUUUGUACAAGAAAUUUUUGAUAAUUUUGAAGACUAUUGAUGUGAAAAAACAAUUAUAAUAACACGCCAUGUAAUUAUACUAUCGAUAGUGUACUAGUUCUCAGUCAUUAUACUUGUAUCAAAGUGUUAACAAGUAAUACAAUCUUUUACAGUAAAUAUGCCGUUCAAAUUGUUCGGCUGUUGUAUUUUUGUUUCAUUAUUCUUUGCUUACAUUGCUUGUAUAGAAGAUAUCAAGAUACCUUCAAAGAAAAAGGAUCAGCGAAUUAACUUGGUGAACGAAUUGAUGGAACAAUGUUUUGAUAUUCAAGCGAGUAUUUUGAUAACUGAUUCUCCGAGCAAUUCGUUUGUUAACGAACUUGAUGAAAGUAUGCCGCAAUCUGUGUUAUUUCUUAACAAAUCAGCAAUCUACAACAUACCGACAAAUCAAAAUACGCCAGUUCCUUCGAUUAUUAUGAUAUUGUCAUCACCUGCAGCAAUGGAACAUGUUCUUGUUAAUGAAGCAUGGCGAAAUUUUAAUCAAUACUUCAUAAUUUUGGACGGAAACAAUGGCAACGGAUGCAUUAGUGCUCAAUCAUUUCUGAUGGAAGCUUGGAAAAAUGAUAUACUGAAUGUUGUCUUCAUUUGCUUGGAUCAUCAGAAUCAAGUUCCGAAAAUUUAUAGCUUUAAUCCUUUUACGAAUUCGGCCCCAAUGUCUUGGAUGAAGAUUUCAGUGGUCUCGGCAAUCAAUAAUCAUUCGUGGACUUUGUUCAGUCAAAACUAUACUGCUGGUGACACUUUAUGCUCAGACUUAUUUUAUAAAAAAAACUGGAAAUCUUGCUGUUCUCAGCUUCAGGAAAAUGAGGCGUUUGCUGAAAUAGAAACGUUGCUUUAUCCAUUAGUAACUGAAAACUGUCACAUGCCGAAGAAGCCACUUAUCCCCGAAAAGCACUAUUGUUACAUAACUCAACGUAAUUGGCCGAUAUUCCCUGAAAUAAACGAAAAAUUAUUGAUGUUAAUUGAGAGUGGAUUGAAUGAUUAUUAUAUUAAAAAAGUUUUAGCGAGAUAUCAACAUUCGAAACAUCAAGAGCCUGAGCAAUAUCAAGUAUUAACAAUGGAUCACAUGAAGUGUUUGAUAGAAUAA